CACUUCAUUCGUCGUUUAGUUGCUUCUCAUACACGAACGAACGUGAACGUGGAACGCGCGGCGCAUAUUAUUUUUCGUUUAGUGAAAGUCCGUUUAACAGUUACAAUUUAAUCAUAUUGACGAGUGUUGUGUCUGUGUGUGUUACCAACAACGCGUGUGCCAGCCGACAAUUUGGCCAUCACAUCACCAGUGAGCUAAAGCAGCAUAUACAAAUUGAAGAAACAUUUAUCAACAUUUAUACAAAACAGAUAUAAAAACAAUAAACCAAUUACAACAACAACAGCAACAACAACAACAACAACAACAACAAUAAAAAGCAGCUGUAAAAACGACGCGUGUGUGCUGUGUUAUUUUUUUUUUUUUAACAAGUCUACGACACGCGCUGCCAACAGCCGUGCAUCGUCCUCUGUGUUGGGACAAAGGAGAACUUAUCAAAGGCUUGAUUGCAAAAUAAAGAAAAGAAUAAUUGCUAAGAGCAGAAUAACGUGACUGUCAAAACAAUAACAAAUAUACUGUGAGCGAGGAAGAGACGAAGUGACCACUACAAAGUGCGUGAGUGAGCGAGAGAGAGAGCGAGUGCGAGAUCGAGAGCGAGAGCGAGAGGGAGCAGCAACAUCACCAUGAGCGGUCGUCCAAGAACCUCCUCCUUUGCCGAGGGCAACAAACAGUCACCAAGUCUGGUGCUUGGCGGCGUCAAAACUUGCAGUCGUGAUGGUUCCAAAAUUACAACAGUCGUUGCAACGCCUGGCCAAGGCACCGAUCGGGUUCAAGAAGUUUCCUAUACAGAUACAAAAGUUAUCGGCAAUGGCAGCUUUGGGGUCGUCUUUCAGGCGAAACUCUGCGAUACCGGCGAAUUGGUUGCAAUCAAAAAAGUUUUACAAGACAGACGAUUUAAGAACCGUGAAUUGCAAAUAAUGCGCAGAUUGGAGCAUUGUAACAUUGUAAAACUUUUAUACUUUUUCUAUUCGAGCGGUGAAAAGCGAGAUGAAGUAUUUUUGAAUUUAGUCCUCGAAUAUAUACCAGAAACUGUAUACAAAGUGGCACGUCAAUAUGCCAAAACCAAGCAGACGAUACCAAUCAACUUUAUACGGCUCUAUAUGUAUCAGUUGUUCAGAAGCUUGGCAUACAUUCAUUCGCUGGGCAUUUGCCAUCGUGAUAUCAAGCCGCAGAACCUGUUGCUCGACCCGGAAACGGCCGUACUCAAGUUGUGCGAUUUUGGCAGCGCCAAGCAGCUGCUGCACGGUGAGCCGAAUGUCUCGUAUAUCUGCUCCCGGUAUUAUCGGGCCCCUGAGCUCAUAUUUGGCGCCAUCAACUAUACAACUAAGAUCGAUGUGUGGAGUGCCGGUUGCGUUUUGGCCGAACUGCUUUUGGGACAGCCCAUAUUCCCCGGUGAUUCUGGUGUCGAUCAACUGGUCGAGGUGAUCAAAGUUUUGGGCACACCGACAAGAGAACAAAUACGCGAAAUGAAUCCAAACUAUACGGAAUUCAAAUUUCCACAGAUUAAAAGUCAUCCAUGGCAGAAAGUUUUCCGUAUACGCACUCCGACAGAAGCUAUCAACUUGGUGUCGCAGCUGCUCGAGUACACGCCCAGCGCCCGCAUCACGCCGCUCAAGGCCUGUGCACACCCGUUCUUCGAUGAGCUGCGCAUGGAGGGCAAUCACACCUUGCCCAAUGGCCGCGACAUGCCGCCACUAUUUAACUUUACAGAGCAUGAACUCUCGAUACAGCCUAGCUUAGUGCCACAGUUGUUGCCAAAGCAUCUGCAGAAUGCAGCACAUACAACCGGUGCUAAUCGCGCUUCAGCCGGCGGUGCAGCACCCGCCGCGGCCAGUGGCUCAACCAGCGUCUCCUCAACGGGCAGCGGUGCGUCCGCUGAUGGUGCCGCUCAGUCACAGCAGCAACAGCAGGCGCCCGCAUCAGCAGCAGUAGGAGCUGCCGCAAACGUUGGCGUUCAGGGCAACAACAGCAGCAGCAACAGUGGCAAUGCAACUGCCGUCGCAUCUGCUGUUGCAUCGGCUCCAAAUGCGCAGCAAUCAAAUGCGCCAGCAACUGUCGCCGGCGGUGGUGGCGGCGGCGGUGGCGGUGGUGGCGUUGCGGCAGCUGCCACAGCAGCCGGCGCAAUUGCCACAAGCAAUGCUGGUGGCGCCAACAUAACAGGCUCGCAGUCGAACAGCGCCUUGAACAGCAGCGCCAGCGGCAAUGGUGAGGCUGAGGGCAGCGCUGCAGGUGACGAGGAUGGUGGUGGUGGUGGUGGUGGUGGUGGCAGCAGCAAUGGCAGCGGCGACAACGACGCAGCAGCAGCAGAAGCUGACGCAACGUCAGCCGGCACAUCGGGUUAGCAGAGCGGCGGCGCCAUGUUAAUGUAAAUGUUGUUUACAGUGAACUGUUAUUAACAUUUUUUUUUGCUCGCCUCUUAUGCAACGGGGCUUAAAGUAAAUAAAGCAACAUUCAAUUUACAACUUCACACAUACACACAUACAGAAAGAAGCACGGAAAGAGCAAAACAAGUAAAGAGAAACUCCAGUCUAAAAAUUAAAACGUUCACCCAAAUCGCAUAUGUAGGAAUAGCAAGGGUUAAAUAAACUAUUUGUUUUAAAUAGCGCUUAAAUUUAUUUUCACCCAACACACACACACACACACAUGUGCAUGCAUGCAGAUGUAAUUUUGUAUCUAUGCAUGCAGUUGUGUUCUUCCGAAAGUUUUCCCUAUGUCAAAAGCUUUUCCCUGCUCUUCUCUCAUGGAUCGCAAAUACAUGUUUGUUUACACACACAUGCAUAUGCAGCGU